GAACAAAACGAAAGUAUAGAAUCGAAAUGGAUCAAAAUAUUAACAAAGACGAGUAUUUUGUGCGACGGUUUCUAUGUUUAGGUAGUAAAGACAAUGUUUAUAGAUCAAAUGCUCAACAUUCUAAAUUUUCGCGCAAUGAUGUACCGUUUAUCGAAAGACUGAUAGCAGAUAACGUUAGAGGCAUAGAGGUACUGGAUUGUAUCAAGGAUGUAAGCGUUAAUAAUAAAGCAUGCAGACAAGAACCUACUAUGUUUGCUUAUGCCUUUUGCAUGGUGCAUGGCGAUGAUGUUGUGAAGAACUAUGGGUACAAAAUGUUGAGCAAUAUUUGUCGAAUUCCGACUCAUUUAUUUCAGUUCCAAAACUACUGUGAAGAAUUAAAUAUGCAGAAAAAUAAUAAAUCAGGUUGGGGAAGAAGACAUCGAAUGAGCAUUAGUAAAUGGUACAACAAUUUUGCAGACAAAGCGCCAAAAUUGGCAUACUUAGUCACCAAGUACAAGAAACGCUGUAAAUGGAACCAUAGAGAUAUUGUUCGUCUUGCUCAUGUAAAACCUACGAAUGAAAGAAUCAGAACAAUAUUAAAAUUUAUUGUUAACAAAGAAAUGGACGACGUGGUGACUCUGCAUGAAUCCCUUGACAAAGAUCACAAAAAAGUGAAAUUAUUUCUAAAAGCCGUCAUUGACGCUAAAGAAUGUGACGACAAGGAGCAGAUUAUGGACAUAAUAGCAGAUCAAGAACUAGCACGAGAGCAUGUACCAAAUAGGUUUUUGUCUGAUAAAGAGGUGUGGGGUGUUCUUCUCCGAACAAUGCCUCUUACGGCAAUGAUAAGAAACAUGGGAAAAAUGACAAAGCUGGGAAUAUUUGAAGAUGAACAGGCUUCUUUUUACGUGAAUCUUGUAAGGCAAAAAAUGAAAAGUGAAGCGCUACAGAAGUCCAAAAUUCAUCCCAUGAAGAUUUUGUUUGCCUUGAAACAAUACAAUGAAGGUAAGGGAGAUCAAUGUAGACUAGAUUGGCGCCCAAACCAUGCCAUUACAACGAUUUUGGAAAAAGCUUUUGAGGAUUCCGUGCGCCUUCAGUCAAGAACUGGCAAACGCUACCUCUUAGCUGUAUCUGCUAGUGGUGAAAUGAAAAAGAAAUUGGUUGGCUCUCCACUAACAGCAAGUGAAGCGGCUGGUGCAAUGGUCCAUACAAUCGUAAAGCAAGAAGAUUGUGUAAAAACUUUACUUUUCAAAAACAAUCUCGAAAGGCCUUAUAUUUCGACGAUUGACCCAGAUGACAACCUUAAUUCAAUCAAAAGAAAGCUAGAGCUACUUUCCUCUUCAGGAGGACAUCAAGUAACCUUUAGUACUUGGGCAAGAGACAACAAUGACUUCGACGUGAUUAUAAUUUUUACCGACACUCUUAAAAGAGAGGGAGACAGUCGGGUUGCGGAGCCCUUUGACCACUUCUGUCAAUCUCAUGAAGUUGGGGCACCAAACCAUGCCCGGGUUAUUAUCGCCAUGACCGGUAAGCCAAAUGAUCACGUGGAUGCUGUGGAACCAUGCGAUGUCCAGACACUUAACGUGAUAGGAUUCGAUCCAACCACACCUCAAAUCAUAAACAGUUUCAUCAAUGGAUUUAAUUUCGACAAUGUCUCAAUGGACGGAGUAGAAGUAUAUUAGAAUUAUCCACUUUACAUGUAGGUUUCCACUACUUCAGUUCUUCCAAUAUCUCCGGAAUCGGCAGGAAAUUGUUUUAAGUGGUCGAUGUCCAUUCCGUUCAAGUAUUUUAAGAAAUUGUGGGAUAAAUCAAUUAUCAAUAUGUAUAUAUGGAAUUAUUUUGUAUGUUCAGAGAUAAAAUUUUA